CCAGCCUUCAAGAAGCCAUGGAGAAGAUUAAGCAAACGGUGGAGCGGGCCAGGAACGCCUUCAACACUGGCAAAACGCGCCCCUUGGAAUUCCGCAUCCAGCAGCUGAAGGCCGUCGAGAGGAUGCUGAAAGAGAGGGAGAAGGAGUUCACCGAUGCCCUCAAAGCGGAUCUCCACAGGAGCUCCUUCAACUCCUACAGCUUCGAGAUCAUGGCGAUGCUGGCGGAGAUCGAGCUGGCGGUGAGCAAACUCCCCGAAUGGACUGCCCCGCAGCGCGUGGAGAAGAACAUCAUGGUCAUGAUGGACGACGCCUACAUCCACCACGAGCCCCUGGGCACGGUCCUGGUCAUUGGGACCUGGAACUAUCCCCUGAACCUCACCUUGCACCCUGUGAUCGGGGCCAUCGCAGCAGGGAACGCCGUCGUGAUGAAGCCCUCCGAGGUCAGCGAACACACCGCCAAGCUCCUCGAGGAGUUGGUCCCACAGUACCUGGACAAGGACUUGUACCCAGUUAUCAACGGAGGGGUGCCUGAGACAACGGAGGUGCUGAAACAGAAGUUCGACCACAUCCUCUACACGGGCAGCAGCCCCGUGGGCAAAAUCGUCAUGGCGGCCGCCGCCAAGCACCUCACCCCCGUCACCCUUGAGCUGGGCGGAAAGAGCCCCUGUUACAUUGACAAAGACUGCGACAUCGACGUCGCUUGCAGACGGGUCGCGUGGGGCAAGUACAUGAACUGUGGCCAGACCUGCACUGCUCCCGACUACGUCCUGUGCGACCCAUCCAUUCAAGGCCGAAUAGUGGAGGGCAUAAAAAAGGCGGUGGCGGAGUAUUACGGCGAGGACAUAAAGAAGUCCCCGGACUACGAAAGGAUAGUGAACCAGCGGCACUUCAAGAGAAUCAUGGGGCUGCUGGAAGGGCAGAAGAUCGCUUACGGCGGGGAAGCAGAUGAAGCCAACUGCUAUAUAGCGCCCACCAUCCUCACCGACGUCAACCCCAACUCCAAGGUCAUGGAGGAGGAGAUCUUUGGACCCCUCCUCCCCAUCAUCACCAUCAAGAACCUGGACGAGGCCAUCCAGUUCAUCAACCACCGGGAGAAGCCACUGGCUCUGUACGUCUUCGCCAAAGACAAGGCGAUCAUCAAACGGAUGAUUGCAGAGACCUCCAGCGGGGGCGUGACGGCCAAUGAUGUCAUCAUGCACUUUACAGUCCACAGCUUGCCAUUUGGUGGGGUCGGCUACAGCGGGAUGGGGGCCUACCACGGCCGGUACAGCUUCCAGACCUUCUCCCACCAGCGGUCCUGCCUCGUCCGCUCCCUCAACAUGGAAAGCCUCAACAAGAUCCGCUACCCGCCUGGCAGCCAGAAAAAGGUGGACUGGGCCAAAUUCUUCAUCUUGAAGCGGAGCAGCAAAAGCAAGGUCGGGCUUGUUGUCCUCGCUGCACUGGGAGUCCUGUUGGCUGUCGCCAUAAAGGUGCUGGGAAAGGCUGCCGAGACCUUCAAGAGCAGCCGCCGCUCAAAGUAAAGCGUUCCGAGCUAGACGGAUCCACUUGGUGCAAGUUCGGCUUUUUCUGAAUCCGAGGCCACCGCCCGCCGGAACGGGAGACGCUCUCGUCUGGGAUUGGGGGGGCAGGGGGUGUUUGGCACUCAAAUGCACAUUACUUUUUUUUCUUGCUGGUGAUUAAUCGCACAAUUGGAGAAUUAGAGCUGCUUUCUCUCCCUCCCUCCCUCUCCCCGCAUGAUUCUUUCUGUUAAAAGUGAGUGUUAGGGCCGGGGAGGGCUGCCGCCACAUCCUCUCAGUCCAGGGGAACGGCGGAAAGCCUCAGCAGGCCUUGCUUGGGGGGGAGGGACGGGGGGGUUCUCAAAGUAUUUGGAGACAGCUUCUCUGUCCUGCAGCUCACAUGGAAAGAUUUGGGUCAGUAUCCCCUCCCUUUAAACAAAAAAAAAAAGUGCCAGGACUUGAUGUUUUCGAAGCAUGGGCAAUCAGACGCUUUCUCUGUACCAUUUGUAAGAGCAAUAAAAGAAGGGGAUCAGUUUAGCAAGGGGUCUUUCCAAACACCCAGAUGGCCUUAAAGUAGUGCCCUUCCUUCUGUUCCAUUCCACUCUUUUGGCCUGACGCUGGAGGCUGCUGGUCUAGGAAGAUCCUCCUGAUCCCCGCUGGGCGGGGGACCUGACCAACACACAGACUGCCCCUCCCCCCAUGCAAAAGGGGAACAAGGAAAAAGCAACAGCAACGGGAAAGCUUUUUGGCCCAGGGGGCAUCGGAUAGGAUCCGGUACUUCUCACUGCAGCAUCUCUUCCCCUUUCCACGACAGGUCCUUUUUCUUUUCAACGGAUGGUGUGUGUGUGCCAAAGACAUUCUCUUUAGGGCUGGGCUGUCUUCUGUCUUGCUGAAUAAUCUCAGCUGCUAAGCUGUGCUUGUAAAACGGAGCAGAUUUCAACUUAAAAAAAAAAACACCAGCUACUGAUAUUGUUUUCUAAAGAUCUGUGGUAUAUGCAAUUGAGGGAGGGGGAAGUUAAUAGAAGAUUUCUACCGGGGUAUUGACUUUCUUAUACGGCAGCUGACGCUUUCUGAUCUGUGUGAACAGGUGGGUUCCACAGAGGAUAGGUGGGGGUGCUUCCCAUUGAUCCUUUUUUAAAAGCACUUCCGGUCUCUUUUUAUUAUUUUUUUAAAAGAAUCCUAUUAAAGUACUUUAAAUUUUCAAGGAUAGAGAACAACAAAGAUUAGAAUGAAUAAGAAGCUUUAUAUUGAAAUAUAACAUUCACCCCGUGUUUAAUAUAUAAUUAAACUUUGCAUACAUCGCAUAUAUAUUUUGUGCGUGUAUUGGAAAUAAACAUCAUUAAACCCA